AUGGAUGUAAUCAAAGGCCCCAUCCCUCCAUUCUUCACGUUCUUCAUCUUUUCCCUCGCCCUCACCAACGCAGCAGCCUCGAUCCACAGCGCCAACAUCCGUGGCCGUCUCGCCAGUCACAUACAAGUCGACCAGGAUGCCGCCGCCGACAAUGACUUUUUCCUGACAACUCACACAACUGCCGACCUCAUUCCCUCCUCCUUCACUCUGCCGCCCACCACCAACACCCGUCAUCACCAACUAGCUGCCGCCAUCAUGGCAACCGACAUCUUUGUCCGCGAAGAGAACCACGACCGAGGCCAUGAACAACCUCAGCCUCUAACAGUCGCCGCGGCCAGCGCCGGAGCGUGCGAGCCCUGCACCCCUAGAAAUAAAACUAACACCCGCGCCAUCACCACCUUCAGAGCCAAUUGGGUCCCCUUGCCCACAGGAAUAACCGCAUCCCCAACAACGACAACAAUGACAACACCCACCACAAAACACCCAGCACCAGCAACCACCCACUCCUUCAACCCGGAAGCCUCCUGCAUGGUCGCCAUCUUCUCUCUAAUCUCCAGCAUCCCCACGCCCGGCCCCGCCCUAUCUACAGCCCUCGACAAAGCCAAACACGCCCUUGCCCCUUCGGCCGUGGCAGCUCCUCAAUGCAUCAUCACCCUUCCUGCCUCAUUGUCGAGCGAGUACGGGGUGUAUACUUCCCAAGUGGACAGCUGGUGGGGUGGUAACCUUGACGAAGACGGGUACGGGUACGGUGACGACGACUACGGUCACGACAAGUUCUGCGAGUUCGAUCACUGGGUCGGCGACGACUGUGGCAGCAGCGACUAG